AUGGCGGAUGGGCAGGUGAUGAAGCGUGCCAAGUACAAGUCAUCGGUCAAGGACCCCGGUCUUCCUGGCUCCCUUAAAAUGAACAGGGAAAGAUUUGUUUUUAUACCAAAUGAUCCAAAUUCACCCAGAAAGCUAAAUGUGGAGUUUAGGAUGAUUAAAGGGCAUAAAUUUACCAAGGAGGGUUCCAGUAAACAGGCCCUUCUUAAUCUUACUCAAGACCAGGGUGGAAAUUAUAUAUUUGAGUUUGAUAGUUUUGCUGAUCGUGAUAUUUGCCGAGAAUUUGUGGCUGCAGCUAUCGCAGUUCAUGGAGAAACUGGAAAAGCUACGUCUGAAAAGCCUGCUGCUCCUCUCCAGGAUGAACAGCUUAGCACGGCAGAAAUGGAGCAUCGGAUUAAGCUACUGCAGGAGGACAACGAAUUGCAGAGGCUUCACAAGCAAUUUGUAAUUGGAGGUAUCUUGACAGAGGCUGAAUUUUGGGCGACGAGGAAGAAAUUACUGGAUCAAAAUGACAGAAGAAAGCCAAAGCAGCGAGUGGCCUUAAAAAACGAAAUGUGGAGUGUGAAACCCUUAUCGGAUGGUCAGUCUAACAGAGUUACAUUCAACUUGACUCCAGAGAUUAUUCAUCAGAUAUUUGCUGAGAAACCAGCUGUUCGCCAAGCAUACCUGAAGUUUGUUCCAAACAAGAUGUCAGAAAAAGAAUUCUGGACCAAAUAUUCAAGAGCAGAAUAUCUCCACAGUACUAAAAAUGUAGUUGCUGCUGCAGCUGAGGCUGCUGAAGAUGAGGAGCUUGCCGUUUUUUUGAAGCAAGAUGAAAUGUUGGCAAAUGAAGCUCGUAGAAAGAUCAGGCGUGUUGACCCAACUUUGGACAUGGAAGCUGAUGUAGGCGAUGACUACAUACAUCUCCCGGAUCACGGGUUACUUCGUGAAGAGAGCAAGGAUGUUUUAGAUUCACAAUAUGAGCCAUACAGAAGAUAUUUCUCGCAAGAUCUUAACCAGCAUGCUGCAGUUGUUCUUCAAGGAAGAGUUGUAGAUGUUGAGCUCAGAGAGACAAGGUCUGUGGCUGAAGCACUUGCCCGGACAAAACAAGCUGAGUUGGCUAAUGAAGUAUAUGAUGGGAAUUUAGAAAAAGAUCUCUCGCACAGAAUAUCUCGAAUGGCCGAGAUUGAGGAUCUUCAGGGGCCACGAGACCCUGCAGUUGCUCCCCUCUGUAUUAAGGAUCCUAGGGACUACUUCGAUUCUCAGCAAGCUAAUGCAUUAAAAGCAUUAGGAGAUGCUGUUUCUGGUGCAAAGACAUUAAAAUUUAAUGUAAGCUCAGUUGAAGCCUAUGGUUCUUUAAGGAAACUUAUAUCAGAGAUUAGAGUCGCAGGAUUGAGUGAACCAAUCACAGAUCCAGAAGUUGCUUUUAAGGUUCUCAAUGGGUUGACCCAAAAUAUAUCAAGCACCAAAUACCAUCUCGGAAAGAACCCACACGAGAGCAUAUUGGAUAGUUUGCCAAAGGUUACUAAAGAGGAUCUCUUACAUCAUUGGACGUCUAUUCAGGAAUUAUUGAAACAUUUCUGGUCAUCAUAUCCAAUUACAACAAAGUAUCUUUAUAUGAAGGUAACCAGAUUGAAAGAUGCCAUGUCACAAGUAUAUCCAAAGCUACAGGAAAUUAAGGAAUCAGUGCAGUCAGAUUUCCGGCAUCAAGUUUCCUUACUUGUCCAUCCAAUGCUUCAGGCUUUAGAUGCUGCCUUUGCGCAUUAUGAUGCAGAUGUACAGAAAAGGUCUGCUAAGAGUGGAGAAAGACCCAACGGAUGGUGGAGGAGCAUUGAAACCCAAGAAUGGCCGUCCGGCGGAGCAGAGGGCGGCGGCGGUGCUGCAAUCAUGCAUUGUGUUCUCCAACCUGUGAAACCCAUUCUUGAAUACACCAAAUCCGAACAACAAUCCAAUGGCCACAACCACUAA